AUUUUUUUUUGUUCUCUCUGGGUCUUGGUUCUCAGCUACGUUGGACCAAGCUCUUGUCCGCCCACGGCAAUACAGCUCAACCAUCACUUCACAUCCUGGCGCUUUUUCGCCUGCAAUCUCGGGUUUCUCUCCAGGAAAUCGCAGCCGCAACACGCCAGGCUUGGUCGCUCUCCUCGCCCGUGCCCUAAGUGCACGUCAAAUCACCAAAUUCGUUCAAGUGGCCGCUCUCCGUCCACCAUGCAUCACACUCGCCGCAAGUCCGGGCACAUCUCGGCUCACACGUCCAUGACAGACGUCCGGAAAGCCGUGGGUGUCUCCGACCUCUCGAAAGGCCGCCGGCCGCAGCUUUCGAGGAGGGCAACCCCUCAAACGGUGCAGAAGCUCGGCAAGAACCCAAAGACUCGCGAGCGCGAGUCUGAAGAACAGAGACUAUGGGACAAUGACCGGGAAUGCUUCCCUCAAUUCUGCAUGACUUGCGAGAAACAAUUUCUAUCCGCCGAUGAGACCUCCCUGUACUGCUCGGAUGUGUGUCGCAAACAUGAUCAGAGUACAAGUCCGUCUUUUUUGGGAGCGUACGAUCUCGAUGGGUUCGGCAACAACCUGCCGUUUCAUGCCGCCGGAGAUCCCGAGUUGCGAGACAUCGUUCCACGUGCUUCACCAUCCCGCCCAAGCUCGACGUAUUUCUCUCCUCCAAGUACCCCCAACACCGCCCAGUACACGAGUGCUAUUUCGGCGCUCAAGUCUCUCAACAUUCGCCCGCCAAGUCCUCCUUCACCCGUGUCGACCCAUUCAAGCAUUUGGCCCUUCGCCCGUAGCGUCGCCAAUAGCCCCAGUACAUCUUACACAAAGCCGUCCAACUUCUACUCAUCAACUUAUGACGGGGGAUACUCAUCAGCCUAUGUGUAUCCAACAGCGAGCGGUUUUGGCUCAGAACGUCCGCUGCCCUCACGGAAACCCACUGGCUACUCACGCCCCAAGAGCAUCGAGCUCGUUACCCCCAUGAUCGGGCGAUGAGUCCAGAGCGGCACGGCUGACAAGCCCCCCAAACUCGCUGGUCUCCUUCCGCAAGUCCUUGCCAUCUGACCUGCCCAAUCAAAAGUUGUGAGGGGUCGGCUUCCCCCUUUGGGUUCCUUUGGGGGCCCGAGUGCCUUGGAUGGGAUGACUAGGCCGGG